UUAACUGCCAAAUUAAAAGAGUUCUAAUUUCAACUUCAAGGCCACACCAGCUCUCAAGUUCACCCCAGCUGUCGAGAAAUCCUAUCAUUAAAAGAUAACAUGCCAACAUCUACAAUCAAAAUCUUUCAUUUUUUGUUCAACAUAGACUGGUCACAUUGUGAACACUGAAUGCAGUACACUCAGUACAGUAAAUUGGAAGAGGUGCAAGUAAAUGGGCAAAACAAGUUAAGACCAAACAUCAUACCUCUUGCAUCAGUUAAAGACCAAAAACAUGACACAAGUGUCUCACAAAAGAAUCUAUGUUUGCAGAAAAUGAACACUUCCAAAAACAAAGACAGAACAACUAAGGGUCAGCAGCUUUAACUUAUGAGCAGAUACUGAGCACUGAGCAAAAUCUUUUUAAAGAUAAGAUAAAUGUACAUCGAAACACAAUGAAAUGCAUCUUUUUGCGUAGAGUGUUCUGGGGCAGCCCACAAGUGUCGCCACGCUUCUGGCGCCAACAUAGCAUGCCCACAACUUCCUAACCUGUUAUGUCUUUGGAAUGUGGGAGGAAACUGGAGCACCCAGAGGAAAUCCAUGCAGACACGGGGAGAACGUUCAGACUCCUUACAAACAGUGGCCGGAUUUGAAACUGGGUCGCUGGUACUGUAAGGCAUUACACUAACUGCUACACUACCGUCCCUGCCCUAGACAGGGAUUGCCCAGGAUGUGUUCAGAACCAUUGAAAUACUCUCCACCAGCAGAACAUAGUAGCUGCAGUGUGCAUAGCUUCUAAAAAAUGCACUGCAGUUGCUCACCCAGGCUUCUCUAACAGCAUCUCUCCUGAACCCACAACCUUUACCAACAAGCACAGCCAGUGCACAGAAACACUACCGCCUGUGGACCCCAUCCAAACCACACACCACCCUGACUCACUGGUGCUUCACUGUCACUGGGUCUAAAUUCUGGAACUCCCAAUCCAACAACUUCACCAGAAGGAGUGUAGCGGUUCACAAAGGCAGCUCACCACCACUUUCUCAAGGACAUUUAGUAAUGGGCAAUAAGUGUUGCCCUUACCUGAUGCCCAGAUCCCUGAAAUUUAAAAAAAAACUCCCUAGUGUUAGGGGCAUUGUUUUUCACUGUUUGGAAUGACAUGUUUUCUUAUAACCUGUAACUCUGAAUGUUGGUUGGCUGGUCUUCUCUUCAGUGCUCACUUGAUUUUUUUUAACUACAUCCAUCUCUCUCAAUAACCCAAUUUUCUCUCUCAGGGAACUUUUGGAAGGGUAAUUGAAACAUGGUGAGUUAGGAAGAACUGGAGAGAGAGUAGGAGUAUCAGUGAACUUGACUACCUCAAUGCACUCUGUACUAACUCAAUGUAACUGCACUGUGUAAUGAAUUGACCUGUACGAUCGGUAUGCAAGACAAGUUUUUCACUGUACCUCGGUACAAGUGACAAUAAUAGACCAAUACCAAUUCUCUGUCAGUUUUCCACGCUAACCACGCUCAAUCCCAGCUCAGAUCAAUUAGGGCCGGUUUGAGUUGAAUUUCAUCUUCCAGAGUCUUAUUUCAACUGCACAGGGUAAAGUUGGCAACCCGCCAACUUCGUCCUUCUGUCCAGAAACAGUUAAAUCCUCCAAAACCAUUCCCUACAUCCUUGAGCAUUCUGGGACGUACAUUCCGGGCACACAGUUGUGGAGUCGGCGGAGCCCGCGCAGUUACAACGUGGGCGAGGAGAAAUUGCUUUAGAAAUAAGCACGAAAACAUCCAACACUUCAGGCGUUGCCGGCGCCUGGGCUCAUCAUGAAUCUGAAGGUUUUGUUCGCUGUCUUGGCGGUCGCUUUGGUAGCGAUCAUCGCUCUGAACUGGAUCCUACUGGUGGCGAUGUCGAGGACGGCGGCUUGUGAGAACCCCGACACCGAGGACGAGAUCAGUGAGAUGUGGGAGCAGCGCGAUCACAAGAAGAUGUUUGCAGAUCUCAGUUCCCAGGAGCUGAUGCAGGUCGUGCGGUACCUGAAGCACAACCUGGCCGUGACCCUGGUGAAUUGCACGCAGGCCCUGCCCUCCGAUAACUUCAUCUACAUGGUCGAGUUACAGCUUCCCCGCAAAGCGGACGCCUUGAGGUUCUUAGACCAGGGAGGGGACGCACCAAACAGGGAAGCCAGAGCCGUGGUGGUGUUUGGGGCACAGAGCAAGCCAAAUAUCACCGAGUACACCGUGGGACCUCUCCCCACCCCGACCUACCAUGUGGACGUCACUUCUCGCAAUUACAACAGCCUUCACUUUAACUCCAGACCAACAACUCUUUUGGAAUAUAAAACGAUCAGAUCAAUCAUGGGAUUGGAAAAAGUUUCGGAACUUCUCAGGGAAAGUUACGGCUCGGACUGGAAGGUUGUGAUACCUUUAGACUCAGCUCCUCGUGGGUUUAAAUUGGGCGACAGAGAAACUUGGUUCCCGUUCACGAAAAACCUGAGCGGUACAUUUCUGCAUCCGCUGGGGUUUAAUGUGCUGGUGGAUCACAGCAGCACCAAUAUCUCGGAGUGGGGCGUGAAGCAAGUCUUUUACAACGGCCAGUACUUUGGCAGCAUCGAGGAGCUGGUGGCCCAGUACAACAAGGGAACUGUGCAGAAGACUAACCUCCAAGGAAAGGAUUCGGAUCCCAACUACGCCUCGCUGAAACCCCGUAAGCAAUUUCAAAGCUUCGGCCCUUUUCAGCACGAGCCUCAGGGACAACGAUACCGCGUUUUAAAUAAUCACGUUAGCUACUUUGAUUGGGAGUUGGCAUUCCGACACAGCGCUGCGAGCGGCUUACAGUUGUUUGACAUCCGAUUCAAGAAGGAACGGCUGGUUUAUGAAUUGAGCAUCCAAGAGCUGUCUUCUGUCUAUGGAGGGGAGACGCCAGCUUUAAUGAGAACCAAGUUCUUAGACCGUCAUUAUGGAAUUGGGACAAGUUCCAAUGAGCUGGUGAAGGGCGUGGACUGCCCCUACACCGCGACAUUUGUCGACACCUUACACUUCAUGGGCACCGAUGAACCGCAGCGGAUAAUAAACUCCAUCUGCAUUUUUGAACAAAAUCGAGCAAUUCCUCUCAGACGCCACUACUCGAGUUGGUACAGUCCCCUCUCUUAUGGGGGGUUACUCGACAACGUGCUGAUCAUCAGAUCAGUAACAACUGCGGGCAACUAUGAUUACAUCUUUGAUUUCGUGUUCCACAACAACGGGGUGAUUGAGACCAAAGUAUUUCCGUCAGGGUAUGCCCUAACCUCGUUUAUUUCGGAAGAAAAAACUAAUUACGGAGCCAAACUUGAAGAGAACGUUCUGGGCAACAUUCACACUCACUUCUUGCACUUCAAGGCUGACUUGGAUAUCAUGGGUACAUCUAACUCUUUUGAAACGAAAGACAUAGAAUAUCAACUCAAAUCUGUCCCAUGGAAAACUGACCAGAAGGUACAUGUACCCACUGUGAAAAGGAGGAUUUUGGAGACAGAGAAUGAAGCAGCCUUCAGAACUGGAAUGAAAAUGCCCAGUUACCUGAAUUUUGUAAAUUUGGCUCAGAAAAAUAAGUGGGGCCAUCCUCGAGGUUACAGGAUUCAAGUGGUAAGCUUCAACCCUGAGAGUGUGCCAGAAGAUAGUCCAGAUGAAAAAGGCAUCUCCUGGCAAAGGUACCAGCUGGCAGUGACAAAACACAAAGAUCAAGAGCAAAAGAGCAGCAGCAUCUACCAUCAGAAUAGCAUGUGGAAGCCUCCUGUUUAUUUUGAUGAGUUUAUUAAUGGCGAAAGCAUUAAGAAUGAGGACCUGGUAGCCUGGAUAACAGCUGGAUUUCUCCACAUCCCCCAUGCAGAAGAUGUUCCUAAUACUGCCACACCUGGAAAUGGAGUUGGCUUCUUUCUGAAACCACUCAACUAUUUUAACAAUGAUCCUUCAGUUUACUCUCCAGAUGCAGUUUACAUCGAUCUUACCAAAGAAACAGAUGGAUGUGAGGAUAAUCCCAUGGCAUGUAUGUCAGAAGUUGCAUCCUGUAUACCGAACCUCCCAGAUUUUACCUAUGGAAAAGACGUUAAAUAUUAACUGUGUAUAGACAACAUGACUUCAUUACAGUGAGUGGCAACCUGUUACUGACCACUACUUUCAACAAAGCAUUGAAAAAUAAUUUUUAUAGACCCUAUGGACUAUGUGAAUUAAUUUUAUAUCUCAGUAGUCUUUUAGUUUUAAUGGUGUAAUUAAUCUGAGCAUGACAGAGGAAAUAAAGGGGUAGCUUUUACAAAUUCCUGCUCUUGAGGCUUGUGCACACCAAAUGGAGACUCCCAGUGGCUGCAUAAUGUUUCUAUCUAUUAAAUUUUAAUUGCCAGGAAAUUCUCCUAGGGCUGCAACACUAGUGUAUUUUUAAAAAAUCUACCCAUGGGUGAACUUUGCUUGAAAACAUUUCAUGUUCCCUAGUUCACCAGGCCACUGGGAUGUACCCCAGUCUGACAUAACCAAUUACUUAAAUGAGAAGUUGGCACUUGGAGGAGUUUUGUAAAAAUGUUUAUUCUCAUUACAAGGUUGCAGCAUUGCAGAUGGUAGUUUGACACAGUCAUUGAGAAAUGCUUCACAAAAUUGUUUAUCAUUGGGCUUAAUGGUUUCUAACAGCAAAUUAUAUUUUUGAUGCAAGAGAUUUUUGAAUCUUCCCAAAAUCUUUUCUGGUAUUUUGAGGAUUGAAUUCUAUUACUCUGUUCACUUAUUCUUCUUAAGAAGGCAUUAAUCCAUUAGCAAGUUACAGCAAGCUUCACAAUAGAAAAUAUCUGCAAAGAAACUGGACCACUUUGCACCAUUUUUUCUAUUUGUAAUAUGUUCUCUCCACCCCUGUACAUAGAUUUUAUAUGUAAAAAGUAUCUCCUGAAACUUUUAUGUAAAAAAAGAAAUAUGCCGGCAGUCAUUAAAUAAAGAUUGUGGAGUCAUUGAACUUGUAAUUGCAGCUCAUGGACCCAUCAAUCUGUGACCCCAGUGUUGCUGCAGAUUGCGGAGACGAGGGAUGACCUUUAAUGACAGGGCACAUAGUUGGAGGAGGGGAGAACCAAGCCAUUGCCCUCCUCACACUGCCACUUUGCCCCUCUUCUACCUCCUCCCCACCAUUUUCUGUGAUUGCCACACCCCAGCUACAUUUUGACUUUGUUUUCCGUGCUGCCACUGCUGUAGAGAUCUUUUUACUAUCACUGGCCCACUUCCCAUGGAUCAGCUGGCAGACAAUGCUAUCUAACAAGGUCCUGACAUCUGUGAAACAUGCAGGUUGGAUUUAAUGUUCUUUAAAGGGAGGAAACAACUUCUUAAAGCAAGAUUGUCUUGAUUUUACAAUUUUUUUUGUGACGUCUGAUGAGGCCAUAUCUACAUGGCUCACCAAAAAUGUCUGAAGUCCAAAUUCUGGGCAAUCAUUCUCACUGCGGGUUUAAAUUUCCACUUACAUUUUUAUAACUUCACUUCAAAAUAUAUUUGUAUAUUUUACACUACGUGCAUGCCAACAUGAAAAACACUUCAAGAAAGUAUAAUUAUUUAUUAAUAUAAACAGAGGGGAAGAUAAAUGUAAUCUUCAGGAUAUGUGUGUUUUGCAAAAAUUGGAUAAAUUUGGUAUAUGCCAACGUGUUGUAUAUUUUAUUUCCACUUCAAAUAAUGCAGUUAUGACCCUCUGCAUCUAGGUUCAUGUGAUGUUGGAGGCUGAGGUGGUCCCAUGUGUGGUGGUGACCACUGCUGCAAAGUGGGAAGUGUCUUUGUUACCUCUGAUGUUACAGCAGCAGAGAAGUUAGCCACAACAAUAAUUUGAUCUGUGUGUUGAAAGUUCCUGAUAAUUAGCAAGAACAGGGUCUACAUUUGGAUCUGUGCUUGCCUCAGCUGGCCCUAUGAAAAAAAAACAAACCAUUUACUGGAGGAAAGGUAAUCUCUGUAAAAAUGCAUUGUGGACUGGAUUGAUUUCCAUUGGCAGGAUAAUAUGAUACAGUCAGUUUGGCUCUUUUGUUUCAUGAGCAAAAGAGGUCCUGUUUCUUUUCUGCAUGCAGAAACAGCUUCUUACCUACCUGAUAUGGUAGAAAAUGGAGAGUCUGUGGAACAGCAUGUUGUUUCUUGCUAUGGAUAUCAUGGACCUUCUGACCACUAGUCAUGAAAUGCUUGGUUAGGUAGUGUUAUGGAGCUCUGACCUACCUGUUGUCAUGGUCACUAGUGUUGGUCAUAAAUGAUGAUGUCUUGCAACGUGAUAUGACAUAUUUUCUAUUCAAAUAGUUUCUAUUCAAAUAUACCAUGCACAGUAUUGAAACUGUUAUGAGCCCUCUAAUAAAAAUGAAAUGGGAUCUUGGGAGCUAUUAUUAAUAUUCAAAACUGCACUACAAUGUUGGGUAAUAUCACUCUCGCAACACCCUAGUGCAGCAAGAGCAUAUGAUCGCCGCACAAGACUUCAUCAUUGUACAAGAACCAAAGGGAAGAAAACAAUUCAUAAACUCACCUUUUUAAAAAUUGGAUGUCUGUUCUUCAGCUGCUAACAUAAUUAACAACAUGAGAUAACCACAUGAUAUCUACCUGUGGAUCCAGACAAGUCCUAAUGUUUGGGAGAUUAGACAUGUCAAAAACCACACCAUUAAGGGACACAAUAGCAUAAGUGUUUACGCUAACAAUCCAGAGACCUGGCCCACUAAUGAGAUCAAACCUAUUAUGGCAGCUGGGGAGCUUGAAUUGAGUUAAUUAAGUAAGAAUGAAAAGCUGGUGACCAUGAAGCUACCAGAUACUGUAAAACCUCAUCUGGCUCACCAAUGGUUUUUGGGGGAAGGAAAUCUCUCCUUACUCUUUCUGGCCUAUAUGUGUCUCAUUUGAGGAACAGCUCCUUACCUAGGCGUGUUGUAACUUUCUGGACUCAAUAUUGAAUAGUUUCAGAUAACCUGCUUUUCCUGUUUGUGUCAAUGAGGUUAUCCACCUUAUCUCCAUUUUUUCUCUCCGCAGAUGCUGCCUGAUCUGCCGGGCAGUUCCAGCAUUCUCCUUUGUUUCAGAUUUACAGCAACCUCUCUGUUCUGCCUCUCACAGCUCCAACAUGUUCUUUUGUAUUUUGAUUCUCUCUCUAACUGCCUUUAUUCGUCCAUGAACUAGACAGCUCUGAAACCAUUGGGUCCCUUAGACAACCUUGGUCUCUACUCUAUCAUAGACAUUCCUUCAUUUCUGUCCACCCCUCCUGUUUUCUCACUUCUCUGAUCCAUUGACCAGAAACCUUGACUCUGUUUCUUUCUCCACAGGAUGUUGCCUGACCUUAUGUGUAUUUCCAGCAUUUUCUGUCUUUAUUCCAGCAAUGUAUGGCUCUCUUUUAUAAACUCUAAAAUGACUAAACACUCCACUAUGGUAAGAAGAAGGCAAUUCACUACUUGCUUCUCAAAGGUAAAUAGGAAUAGGCAAUAAAUACUGGUCUUGCCAGAGGUGCCUAUAUCCUGUGAAUGAAUAAAAAGCGUAGCUGAAAGAGAGCUUUGUAUUUUUUCCAUCAAAGUAUUAUUUAGCACAGCAAAACAUCCCAAGAUGUUGAACAUUAGUUUCAUCAAAAUAUCUCAUAAACUACAUGCAGAAAUAUUGGGGGAAAUAGCCAAAGAUUUGGUCAAAGUGGUAUAUGUUGAGCAUUGUCUUAAAGGAGGGCAGGUAAUAGAAAGAAAGAUGGAGAGGUGAUGAAGUUUAGGGAGAAAAUUCUGGGACUCUACGCCUCAGUAACCGAAGACAUGACCAUUAAUAGUGAAGUGAUUCAAGAGUCCGGAAUUGAAGGUACCCAGCUAUCUUGGAGGUCUAAAGGACUAGAUGUUACUACAAAGCUGGAGGACAGCAAGGAUAAGAAGGGAAUUGAAAUGGUGGGUUGUGAUUUUAAAGGUGAACUAUUGUUUAACUGAGAGAUAAUAGCAUAAAUAAAAACUGACUUUGUAGUCUUACCUUUCAAUUAUAGCUGAAGAAGACAUCACAAUAAAGGGUUUAUAACAACGCCUAUCAGAUUGGCCAAGCACAACAGUGUUUACACCAUAUAGAAAAUAUGUCAGGACAUUGGUUUUUGGUUAUUACCCAAAGAGAAUACUGGGAAAUGUGCUCGUGAAGCUAUUAGGUAUAUAUGGGACUAGAUAAUUCUACCCCAUCUUAAAUCAGCCAGAAUAGUUCAAAAAUAUAGUCACUGUAAAAGCCAAUUCGAUUUGCCAUCAUUGAGUUGCAUCUUCAGCACAAUCUCAUUUACUGUUACGACAGCAAUCAUUCUCUUCAGAAGGUGGCACUGUUCUGUAACCUCACUGUAGUUCACCUGUUUGCAAUGAGCAUUACAGAGUGACUGAAGAAUGAGUCUGGGCAGACACCAGAAGACUGUCUGAUGCUGAGCUAUUAGGUACAAUUUAAACCUGGAAAUAAAGUGAGCAAAGCAAUCACAUGAAGGCUGAGCACAAAAUUGCUCUCUGCCAUUUUAAUGGCAAUGGUCUAUUUUAAAUGAAAUAGUGGUUGCCUAAAGGGAGUGAUUUGAUGUCAUAAGGCUAAGUAUUCACAUUGUGUAAUUUUCAGAUUUUAUUCUCAACUAGCUGCUACACCCGUCAUUGCCCGGGGUAUUAUGCUGGCAAUCAUGAUAUUUGCAUUUAUUUCCUCACAAUAAGCUUUUAUAACUCUUCUUGUAAAUGAAAUAAAAUCUAACUUAAAUACAAUAUAUAAUUACUCCAUAGAUAAUAUACUUAAGGGGUUAAAAUUAUGUAGUUUAACUAAAGUUAUCAAUAACAAAUACACAAUGAAAAUAAAUAUGUAUGCAAAAAUUACAUUUAAUAUAGUUCUCAUUAAGUAAGUAUGUACCUAUGCAUAAUGUGUAAAUUUAACUUGAUCUCAAUGUUGAAGUGUAUAAGAAUACUUUGAAUCUGGUGUGAAAAUGUAUAGAUUAUUUUCAUCUCCAACUCUGGAGCAACCAACAUAGAUGGUGGGAAAAGUAUUGAGUCCCAAGGUUAAGGCCAAAAGCUUUUAGUGAUUGUCCGUGCUCCUUGUUAAUGUUCAUAGCAAAACUAAGUUGAACAGGUCACUUGAAUUGAAAAGGUAGGUCAGAUGGGAUAAUUGCUAUCCGAGGGAUGAAGAUAUUUUCCCCAACAGCAUUACCGGUAAUUAUUGUUGCCUCAGUUACAUGUGGCAGUCAUUUUUGAUUAUCGGAUGAACUGAUAAUCUUGUGCCAUUGCAUAGUACUGGUGGAUCCAAAUUCCUGAGUAGCAUGAUUAGAACAACUUCUUUUAGUUCAAGAUUAUGUGAUGCCACACCAGGUGAUGAGAGAAUUUAAAAAUUCAACAGAAGAAUGUACAGCCUUAUCGAUGUCUGUCACACUGUCAAUAGAUUUAUAUUGCACAGGUUGUCUGGGAUGUUUCGAAAAAUGUCUUUAUUCAUGGGCUGCACUGUGUCAUUUUUUUGGUGCUAAAAUUGCUCUUUCACACAACCAUUGGUAACUCAAAUAGUGUUGAGUGACAUUUGAGAAAACAACUUGCAUCAGAUUGUGAAGUGAUGUAACAAUUCGGCCCAAUGCUUUCAUCGAAAUCAUUCCUGUUGAGUCUUCAUUUUUAAUUUCCCCAUUUCCUAAUUUGAGUAAAUUUAAACAAACUCUCUCACAGAUGGAUCAUCUGUCAAAUGGGAUUCCAUAUUGCAUUUCAAGUGUAAUCAUUCAACACUUUCCCAAAUAUAUGAUGCUUUAAUACAGGCUUUCAAUUCAUUGGCUUUUGUAUAGUAUUUGACGAAACACCAGCUGGCACUGAAGUAAAUCCUCCCAUUAAUUUAUUAUUGUGCCUCAGACCUUGCAAUGUUCGAUCUAAUGCUCGGUGGCUGCCUUGUGAGCCAUUGUACAUUCAUCCCAGACAAUAAGUUUACAAAGAAUUCUUUCCCUUGCAGUUCCCUGACCAAUGUUACAUGUUGGAGUCUCCACAACUGUCAAAUUUAAAAAGGAGUUUAAAAGCCAAAUGUCCAGUUUUCCCUCUUGUCAAAUGAGUUGAAGCAAUGCCUGAAUCAUGUUUUGCCUUCAAACUUUAGCCAAAAGUAGAUUAAUAAGGAAAGCCUUCCUAUUCCACCAGAAGUAGCAAAAAAUAUGAUUCCUUGUUUACUGUAAUAGUAUCUUGUCCCAUGUAAUAGUAUCUAAGGCAUUUCUUUGGUAUCUCACUAAACUAGGUUCUUUCUCUCAGAUAUAUUCGUCUAACUGGUUUAAAUGGUAGCUAGUCUCCCACAGAAACUAGGUGCACAAACUUUUAUUUCUCUGUGAUUCAGGAAGACCAAAGUUACUCACAUCAUAUCCACCAAAAUAUUUAGUAUCUCAAAAAUAGAUCAGAGAAAGAUCUCAUCAAUUUUCAAUGGGGAAAAUUAAAAUCAGGCCCCUUUGGACUCUGGAGGGCCUCCUAUGGGGGAAGUUUUAGAAAAACUAAGAGUGCAGUGAACAUCCUUUUGCUAAACCUAACAUACACAAAACUUCAGAUUUCUAGGUUGUUUCGAUACUGAGCUAUGCGUGGGACACACGGACUUUCUAUUAUUAUAUAUCUUUUGAUUAACUAUUAUAUGUGUAACUACUCAUGUCAGUGUAAUUUACUGUAUAACAGGCUUAUGACAAUAUAAUGUUUCUUUUCUCAAUAAAAGAUAUAAUGUAUGGUGAG